AUGAUUAUUUUUCAUUCUUUCCUUCUUUCUUUUUGUUUUUGUCAUUCAAUUGAUACUUGUUCUGAUUAUUUCUUUCCUUCUUUCUUUCCUUCUUUCUUUCCUUCUUUCUUUCCUUCUUUCUUUCUAUUUUUCUUUCUCUCCUUCUUUCUUUCCUUUCUUUUAAUUUUCUUUCUCCCCAAUUUUCUUUCUUUCUUUCUUUCUUUCUUUCUUUCUUUCUUUCUUUCUUUCUUUCUUUUUCUUUAUUCAACCUACUCUCCUUUCGUUUUUUUUUCAGUUAUUUUUUAUCUCUUUUCACUUUCAUUCGAAUUCUUAGUCUCUUAUAAUUUUACUUUCUUUCAUUUUCUUUUUAGACAUUCUUAUCAAGAAUUUUUUUCUUUCUUAAUAAACUUAUCUUUUAUUUUAUAUCAUGUUUUUUCUUUCAAUUUAUUUUCUUACCCGCUUCCCACUAUCGGCUUUUCCAAUUUACAUUUUUUUCUCUUUCAUUUUUUACUUCAUCACUUUUUUAGCUUCCGACUCGUAUAUUAUGUGAUUUUUUUCAUCGUUUGCAUAUUUUCAUCCACUUUAGACUUUCUUUCAGCUGUCUGUCUGUUUGUCUUUCUCUCAGUCUCCCUCUGUUUAGAACAACAACCCCAACUUAAAAUCUUCGUCUUCAGCAUUUUAUAA